ACAGGUCAGUAAAGACCGGUGUGACACAAUGUGCUCAUCCCCCUUUUCACCAUUACAAAUAUAUUUGUUUGUGGUAUUUCGCGGAUCAAUACGCUUCGUCUAAAAAUAGCAAUGAUAGAUACGCUUAAGUUUAUGUAUACGUAAACACUAAACUUUUUUCUGUCGUAUAUGAUAGUGUGUGGUGGUAAAUAGUUUGGAUACUUCAUAGUGAUUAAACAUGGCGAGUAAAGUUGAGUACGAAGAAGUUUCAAAGCCACCGUUGAAGAAACAUGACAUUAAGUCGCUGGAUUUAGCAUUUGUUAUGGACGCUACGGGCAGUAUGGGCUCCUACAUCGAAUCGGCUAAAAACAACAUCCGUAAAAUCGUUGAAGAAAUAGUGGCCAGUGAAAAGGGCGACGUGCGUCUGGCAUUGGUGAACUACCGCGAUCAUCCGCCACAAGAUACCUCGUAUGUUACACAAGUUCACGAUUUCACUUCCUCACCGGGAACCAUGAAGGGGUGGCUGGAAUCCACAACGGCUGAAGGUGGUGGGGAUACCCCUGAGGCGGUGGCGGACGCUCUUCAUGACGCACUGAAACUCAGCUGGAGGGACGAGGCUACGAAGAUAUGUGUCUGUAUAUCGGACGCCCCGCCUCACGGCAUUGGUGCCAGUGGGGAUGGGUUCCCGGAAGGUUUUCCGAAUGGUAUCGACCCGAUAGAAGUGGUCCACCAAAUGGCAGAGAAGGGUAUCACUCUCUACGUGGUCGCGUGCGAACCGAGUAUCACGCCAUAUAAAAACUUUUUCAUGGCCAUUGCGUUCACGACGGGCGGCCAGUACGUUCCACUUACUAAGGCGCAGGUUUUGUGCCAGGUUAUCGUGGGAGGGGCACAGGAGGAGAUGAGCCUGGAGCGACUGAUGGAGGAAGUAAACGAAGAAGUACAGGCGGAAAUGGCAGCUGGUUCCGCGAUUGACGAAACGGAAAUGACGAGGAGGGUUCAUUCUAAAAUGAUGUCAAAAGGUGUCACAUCGAAACAGCUCCUGAGAAAUAAAGAAGAGCUUUCAAAUGUCGCCGAUAACGAAGAAGUGAGGAAUCUAUCAAAGCUUACAAAUCUUUGCGACAUGCGGGCCGCUUUCAAGCCAUCAGAAGAAGCAUUUAGUUUCGGAGGUUUCCCGGCAGCUUAUGGCGCCCCGAUGCCUGCGAUGUGUACAAUGCCUAGAUAUGCAGCAGAUGGGAUUCCGGAAAUUGCAGCAUUAUCUCUGGGCCCUCCUGGUGGCGGUGGGGGCGGUUUUGGCGAUAUUAAUUCAGCACCUGGUGGCGGUGGGGGCGGUUUUGGCGAUAUUAAUUCAGCACCGGAAGAGAUGUACGAAGUGGAAGAAAUGCCUAUUUCAGUAGCACAGGCCAGCAGAAUGGUGCAAAAAAGUAUGGCAAGGAAUAAAGUCAACCGACCACUGGAAAAAUAAGUUGAUGAGUUGUGAUUGCAUCGUGUACAUCAUGUCUAUAUUUAACUUAAUUUUAAGUAUAUUGUAUUUCUCAUAUAUUUCAUAAGCAAAACGCCCUAUUAUGCUUACAUGAAAUAAAUACGGUGUCUAUAUGUUAUAUACACAUAUAAUAAUUAUUCGUAUAUGAAACUAUAUAGUUGUUUACUGAAGGCGUUAUAAAAGUUUGUUAUCCGAAUAAAUGUAGUGGAGUACAUUAAACUUAAUUUCUACAUUACACUGUACAUGACAUUUCUCAGGCUACUGUAAAUCGAUAUUCGUACACGGUCCUAAGAUUUUUGUACUUGUUAUGUUUACCUAGUUGUAUGACAACUUAAACCUCCUAACGACUUAGGUUAAAGAACCUGACAAACGGUGUGUACACAUCUACCCAUAAAAGUACAAAUAACUACUAGAUCGUCGGCUAUUGCAAUGUAUUCACUAUGUGGACGAUAUGUAAGCACUUGUACAUAGUACAAGAUUUGUUUAACAGGCCUUCAUGAAUACUAGAAAGUCUCAACCUAUUCUUAUUUUAGAUUAUAAAUAUUAUUAUGUGCAUUAUUGAUACGGAUAUUUUAACUUAUUAACCUUGACCUAUAGCCUUAUUUUACCAGCGAAAGCAACUUAAUAGUCGUUGUUUUGCUCGAGAUAUGUUUUUUCGCGUUUUUUUUUCGAACUCGAAUCAACUUCAUAUGUGUUGCGUUAUACUUGUUGUUAUACAUGUAUAGAACGAUUAAUGAUACAUACAUCAAUUACUACGGAGUUCUCAAAGUUAACCUCAAAAUUAACAUAUGUAAAUUAUCUGUUACUAACAUCGUUUUUACUGUUUGUGUUAAUAUUCUUUACUUUGCAAAUAAAUGUGAAAUGUU